AUGGAGGACUUGUCCCGGUGGGUGAGGGAGGCCAGGUGGUGUGUGAGGAGAUGCUGCUGUGUGGAGGAAGAUGAGGAGGAGAAAGAGAGGACGGAGGACGAGGAGGAGCAGGAGGAAGAGGAGGUGAGGCUGGAGGAGCUCAGCUUCAGGAAAAGCAGAAGUUCGACUUCGCUCCCUCCUGCUGAGUUGGAUCCUGACCGGUGCGGCUCGUCCCCCUCUGGGUCCCGGCCCCACUGGUUCCACACUCUGCAGGUUCGACGGCUGCGAGUUCAGCGAGGACGCAGCAACAGCGACCCGCUGGGAGGGAAGAGCUGUGAGGACCACUUCACCUGGAAACCCGGUCUUCAGUUUGGAGCAGCUCAGUCUUACCUGAGUCUGGAGAAACUGGGCGAAGGAGCGUACGCCUCCGUCUAUAAAGGCAUCAGCAGGAUAAACGGGCAGCUGGUGGCUCUGAAGGUGAUUCGCAUGAAGACGGAGGAGGGCGUCCCAUUCACCGCCAUCAGAGAAGCAUCUCUGCUCAAAGGUCUGAAACACGCCAACAUCGUCCUCCUCCACGACAUCAUCCACACCAGAGAGUCGCUCACCUUCGUCUUUGAAUAUGUGCAGACAGACUUGGCCCAGUACAUGAUCCAACAUCCCGGAGGUCUGCACUCACAUAAUGUGCGGAUCUUCAUGUUCCAGCUGCUGCGAGGUCUCUGCUACAUCCACGGUCGGAGGAUCCUCCACAGAGACCUGAAGCCUCAGAACCUGCUCAUCAGCUACCUGGGAGAGCUGAAACUGGCUGACUUUGGUCUGGCACGGUCCAAGUCCAUCCCCAGCCAGACCUUCUCCUCUGAGGUGGUGACUCUCUGGUACCGCCCUCCUGAGGUGCUGCUGGGAUCCACAGAUUACUCCACUGCCCUGGACAUAUGGGGGGCCGGGUGUAUCUUCAUCGAGAUGCUGCAGGGGGCGCCGGCGUUCCCCGGAGUCACUGACGUGUUUGAACAGCUCCAGAAGAUCUGGACGGUCCUGGACGUCCCGUCUGAGGACAGCUGGCCUGGAGUCAGUCUUCUGCCCAAUUAUAAACCAGAGUGGUUUCAUCGCUCCGAGCAGAAACAGUUCAGGACCGUUUGGAAAAGGUUGAACCAACUGCCCUAUAAGACUGAGGACCUGGUGCAGAGGAUGUUGAAGGGGGUCCCUACAGACCGGAUCUCAGCUCAGGACUCUCUGCAGCACCCGUACUUCAGUACGCUCCCACCUCCCAUCAUGCACCUCAGAGACACUGUGUCGAUCUUCAAGGUGUCAGGUGUUCGUCUGGAGAUGGAGGUCAGAGACAUGUUCAACCCUGGGCGGAGGAUCAAACCCUCCCUGCUGCCUGCCACCAAGUGCUGGUGAUUAAACCCUUCAAACUACCAUCCGCCUGAGAAGUCGAGCACAGGGCUGAACAAACCAUCACAGGUUUAUUUUAUCAUACUCUGUGGAGUACGCGGAUGUUUUAUCAUUAACAAAGCGUAAAUAUACAAGUUUUAUUACUUCAGAACUCAUACAUGAGUUGUUCUCAUUCCAUGUCUUAUAGCUUCAGAUGAUGAGUUGACCAUGUCCUCUCUGAGCUGGGUGAAUUUGUUUGGACGCUCAGUUUUAGUGUGGCUGUGAAAGGCUGUAGAAAGGCUGUCGUUGUUCUUGUUUUAUAUAGUUUACUGUUUCUUCUUCGCUCCUCCCUGCAUGUUGCUUUUCAGGUAACUGCUGAAACGCUGUUGUUUUUGGUUUUAGAAUGGAGCAUUUUGAAAUGGACGCAGCUUUAUUUGUCUGCAGUGACAGUAAACGUCUGUGGAGUUUAGUUUGAGCUGGUUAGCCUGACAUUUUAACAUUGUAGACACAGGGUUUCAUUCAUUCCUUACACUUUAGCUCUUUAUUUGUUUUUCAAUUGUAAAACACAAACACACAAACAAUGCAAAGUUUUACGGUGCUGAUAAACUGAUGUGUUUUGCUAACGUAUCUCAGAUAAACAGAAUCGCUACUUUGCUUCUAAAGUUUUUGCUCCUCUCAGAUUUUGGGGAAUUUGUCUGUUUGUUCAUCGCAGUGUUUGUUUGUGCUUCUACGGGAGAAGACAAACAAAUCUCCACCCGUCCAGUUGUUUUGAUCAUGUUCAUGUAUGAAUAUAAAUUAUUUGUGACAAACAGUAAGAUUGAGUUGAUUGACAGGAAAGUCAAAUGUAGUUUUAAUGCGGACGUUUGAUUGAUUUGUGAGAUAAAAGAACGAUUUCGGUCUUUCUGCAUAUUUAACAAAGUGUUUGUGAUUUAGUGUGAUGCCGUUGGUUUGAUGAGAGAAAAUUCAUUCACGCCACUCGAACAGAUGUCAUCAUUAAUAAAUCAAAAUGCUCAGCAGCCUUUGAUAUCUGGCCUCUGAAGAAGUUUGAUGUUAUUUUUACUCUGGAAACAGACUUUGUUUGGUUUGUUUGUUUUCCUCAACUUUCUCCAGACGUUCAUCGCUGGAUUAUUCUGCCAAAAAAUUAAAACGCAGUCGCUCCGUACAGUUCUUUAAAACGUAGUUAAGCACAGUCUUUAGGUGUCGCAGAAAUGUAUCAUCUCCAUGGUAACAUGUUAAAUUUACAGUCAAUACAAGACGGAGCUGAAAACCAAAAGCUCACCUGUCAAGUGAAAGCUAGCUAGCGAGCUAGCCACAGCUAAAUGUGAGCUGAACGCCUUCUGAAGCCAACAUCACGAGCUAAGUUUGAAAUUCUAUGUAUUAAUGCUGAUUUCUAACCAAAUAAAAGAAAUUAAAUAUAAUUAUAUUUAAUGGGAACAUAUAUGUUUUAAAUCUGAACUUUAAACUGUAAAUAACCAGAAUAAAUGUUGUUUUCUUAAACGGAUUAACUGAAACAGAUAAGAAACUUUUAAAAGUUAUAUCAGAAUACAAAUAUAUGAAAUAAUAACAGUCUAAUGCUGUAGUACAAUUAUCCAAUAACAUUUCCAGGCAUCAAACAUAACCAGUAACAUCUAUACCUAUGAACAGUGAGCUAAUAUAUUUUGAGUUACAGGCAAAUUUUACUCAUAUAUAAUGUAAAUAAAUUCAUCCUAUUGAUUUCAGGACAAAUAUUAAAACAAAGCUGUGUUUAAAUUGUGCUCUAAAAACUAAAUAUUCAAAAAUAGUUUGAUUUCUGAAACUGAUUAGCUCAAAGCCAGAGCUUAGUUUACCGACUUAAAUAUCACAGAAAAACAACUUAAUUAAGGAUGAAGCUUUAAAUGAAACUUCACUGUUCUUUUGAAUGUAUUUCUAAAAAAUGGAGCAGGAGGAGAAGAAUAACUUUAUGCUUAUUUAUGGACAUCAACAGAUAGAUAUGUAGAUUUUCUUUUGUUU